CCCUACUCGGUCUCUCAGGAAACCCCUCGCAGGUCGAGCAACCGGCGCCAUUUUAGGAGCCGUAGUUGUGUGCCGCGGAAAACUUUGAAACAAUAAGAGCGAACAAACUGUCACUGCAGUCUUUCGUACUUGCAAUUUGAAGCAACGCUUUAAAGACUCGUCAACGUAAGACGUUUUUUUUUUUGCUUGUUUAAGCUGUGAAGUCGGCGGCCACCGACCGAGUAGCUGCCAGCUGGUGAACAAGCGGGCCGGUUUGCUGUCGGGAAAGCGGAAGAAUUGUGUGUCUCAUUCGGAGAGGCCUGUUUUUCGCCUUCGGGACUUGUUGGAAACCCGCUGGACGCUCGCAUAAGCCCAAGACAACAGCGGUAUGGCGGACGAUUUUGAUAUCGAAGCUAUGCUUGAAGCUCCCUAUAGAAAGGAUGACGUCAAGCCUUCUAAUGCCAAUGGCCAUGAGGAACGCAGUAAAAAGAAAAAGAGGAGCAGAAGUAAGAGCCGCAGCCGUAGCCAUGAGAAGAGAAGCAAAAGCAGGGACCACAAAAAAAGUAGGGACCGUAGGAGGAGUCGCAGCUGCGAAAGAAAGCGGAGUCGCAGCAGAGAGCGCAAGCGCAGUCGUUCCCGCAGCAAGGAGCGUUCCGGUCGCUAUCGAGCUCGCAAGAGCCCUCCCAGGAGAGGUUCCAGAAGUCAUAGCCCAUUUAAGAAAGAUAAGAGCCCAGUCAGGGAGCCAAUUGACAAUCUAACUCCAGAGGAAAGAGAUGCACGAACUGUGUUCUGCAUGCAGCUGGCAGCUAGGAUCCGUCCUCGUGAUCUGGAGGAGUUCUUUUCAGCAGUGGGAAAAGUUCGAGAUGUGAGAAUGAUUUCUGACAGAAAUUCCAGAAGAUCAAAGGGGAUUGCAUAUGUUGAGUUUGUUGAAGUCAAUUCUGUGCCACUGGCUAUUGGCUUGACUGGACAAAGGCUUUUGGGGGUGCCCAUUAUUGUUCAGGCUUCACAGGCUGAAAAGAACAGAGCAGCUGCUAUGGCGAAUAACCUGCAGAAAGGCAGCGCAGGACCUAUGCGUCUUUACGUGGGAUCUCUGCAUUUUAAUAUCACUGAGGACAUGCUCAGAGGAAUCUUUGAGCCGUUUGGGAGGAUUGAAAGUAUUCAACUGAUGAUGGACAGUGAAACUGGACGAUCCAAAGGAUAUGGUUUUAUCACAUUUGCAGAUGCUGAAUGUGCAAAGAAGGCCCUGGAGCAGCUGAAUGGGUUUGAACUGGCUGGAAGACCCAUGAAAGUAGGCCAUGUUACAGAGCGUACAGAUGCAUCAACAGCUAGCUCCUUCCUGGACAGCGAUGAGCUUGAGAGAACCGGCAUUGACCUCGGAACAACCGGCCGUUUGCAGUUAAUGGCUCGCCUUGCUGAAGGUACUGGAUUACAGAUCCCACCUGCUGCGCAGCAGGCACUGCAGAUGAGCGGAUCUCUCCCAUUUGGAGCCAUGGCAGCAGUUACAGCUGCCAUAAACCCUGCCUUGAAUCUAAACCUGAAUAUGAAUAUGAACAUGAACAUGAACACCGCCUUGAACCUCCCAACACAGCCUAUUGCGACACACUGUAUCCAGCUCUCCAACAUGUUCAAUCCCCAAUCCGAAGAAGAUCCGGGCUGGGAUAUUGACAUUCAAGAUGAUGUUAUUGAAGAAUGCAACAAGCAUGGGGGGAUUGUACACAUAUAUGUUGACAAGAAUUCAGCUCAGGGUAAUGUCUAUGUGAAAUGUUCCUCAAUUCCUGUUGCCAUGGCUGUUGUGAAUGCAUUACACGGAAGACUAUUUGCAGGUAAAAUGAUCACAGCUGCUUAUGUUCCACUUCCAACUUACCACAACCUUUUCCCUGACUCCGUGGUGGCUACUCAACUCUUAACCCCCAGUCGCCGGUGAUGGGAAAGUGUACCCUGCUAUUUUAGUGCCUACUUAUUUACACCACAGAAGUGGGGCAUUUUUCUUGGUUCGAGGUGGGAGAUUUGAUCAAACUGCUUCCCUGUCCAGUGUAGCAAGUUACAGCAUACCUUCAGCUUUUUUUUUUUUUUUUUAAGGGGGGGGGGGAGGGGUAAAGAAAAGUGUGGUCUGAUUAUUUUGUGGACUUUAACAAGUGUCAGGAUAAUUUACUUAACUACAUCCCAUAUUAGCAAGGACUGCAUGUGAAAUUUUCUACAUGCAUAAUGAAGGGAUUAUAGUUUCUGUUGACACUGGUGGCUAUGCUGUCCUUUUCAGUGCUAUGUAGUUUUGACAUUUCUUUACUGGUAGUAUAGAAGAGAUUAAAACCAAAAGGUGGUCGUCUUGAACAUUUAAAUGUACAUGUCCAUCUGGUUUAAGCUCUAUGAGCUCUUGAAUCUUUAUUCCUAGACCACCAUGUUUUUCUAUCUUUUGUAAUUAUAAUUUGAUUUUGUAAAGAACUGAAUUAAAGUAUUUCAAUUUUAAA